UACAAUCAGCUGUUAAAAAAGAAUAACUUUUUUAAAUUACCUGUUAGAAUAUUUAAAUAAAUAAGAUUUAUAAAAAUGUUAGUUCAAAGAAGUGUGACGGCAAAUUUUUUAUUCAAAACUCGAAUUACUAAUAUAUUUGAAAACUACGGUGUACGGCUUUGUACUCAAAAUGCCGGUGAUAUGAGUUCCAAUGCCACACAACAAACUUCUCAGGCAGAUUCUAACAAUACAAAUUCUCAAAAGCGCUCACAAAUGCAUUUGUACAAUGCCUUAGUAGACGAUACGCAAGAGCGUCGUGCUAUAAAUCCCAAAAAUACAACUAUUACGCUGUUUCCCGGUCAAGGAGCACAAUAUGUCGGUAUGGCGGAAAAAUUGAUGCGAUUUCCUUCAGCACGUUCUAUAUUCAAAUUAGCGAAUGAAGUUUUGGGUUAUGAUCUCUUGAAGAUAUGUCUUGAAGGCCCGCGCGAUAAACUAAAUCGUACUGAAUAUGCUCAACUGGCGGUAAUGGUUUCAUCUUUGGCCGCUUUGGAGCAACUUCGCGAAGAGAGACCACAAGCUAUUGACAAUUGCGUAGCAACAGCUGGCUUUAGUUUAGGUGAAAUUACUGCAUUAGUUUUUGCCGGUGCCUUGCCAUUCGAUAAAGCAUUGCAUUUAGUUCAAGUGCGUGCAAAUGCCAUGCAAGCUGCUUGUGAUGCAAUGCCUAGUGGUAUGGCACUAAUAUUGUAUGGACCAGAUACGCAUGUUGGCACGGUUUGCGCAAAAGCACAACAGUGGUCCUUGGAGCGAGGAGUAGAAACGCCAUACUGUGGCAUAGCAAACUAUAUGUAUCCGCAUUGCAAAGUAAUAGCCGGUGACUUGGAAGCGUUACAAUAUAUUGAAGUUAAUGCAAAAGAGCUGAAAAUAAAGCGUAUGAAGCGGCUGCAGGUAAAUGGAGCUUUCCAUACACCUCUCAUGAAAUCUGCUGUUGAACCUUUCGCUAGAGCACUUAAAAACAUGUACAUAAAGGAACCUAUUAUUAGAGUUUAUUCAAAUGUGGACGGAAAACCGUAUCGUAACGCGACACAUAUACUACGCCAACUCCCGAAUCAGAUUGUAAGCCCAGUUAAAUGGGAACAAACUAUGCAUUUAAUGUAUGAGCGGCGACAGGGCGUUGAUUUUCCACGUACGUUCGAAUGUGGGCCUGGUAAAGGAUUGAAACAAAUCCUCGACAAGGUCAAUGCGAAAGCGGCGACAACAGCUGUCAACGUUGAAGCGUAAUUUAAACGUUUUGAAUUAUUUUCUUUAAAUAAAAUGUAAAAAAUAA